GUGUCUAUGGCAACCACUGUCCGGCGGCUGAGGCCGCAGGCUGGCGGCGCGGCACGGCAGGGAGCGGCGGCAGCCCGGGCCCAGCGAUGCCCAAAGGCAGGUUGGCCAAUCCCAGCACUGCGCGGGACGGCGCUUGGUUCCCGCACCUUGGAUUAUUCCAUAGUCAACCCGAAUCGAUCACAGACUAUAUGCUAAAACAGGUACAAAAUCCAGAAGAGGUUCGGUAUAUUGAGAAGAGAUUGCCACUAGUAUACAAAAUUCGGGAGCAGAAAGCUGUAAAAAAUCACUUUCCAUUUUCAACCCAUGACAACAGGAAUUGUUUACAGAAUGUGGGAGAGUACUUUGAUUUUAACGUAGGACGAAAGAAGGUUGAACCAGAAAGAAGGCAACAGAAUUCACAAAACUUCUGUCUAUGGGCACAUGAGUACAUUCCUAGCAGUCAUGAUGGUUUUACCAUUUAUCAAACAUCAUUCAUAGGUGAUCAAGAUACCAGACGUCCUUUUUGUAGACGAUAUCCAAAACAGCACUUAGAAAGGUGCUACACUGAUACAUCUAUUCCUGAGAAUGAAAAACACAUGUCAAACCACCAUGUUAAUUGCAGAACUCCUUAUUUAGUAACUACUGAGACUGAUCAAUAUCCUUUCUCUGGGUCUGAACUACUCUUACCCCUCAAACACAUGAUGGAAUAAAUAUCUAUGUAAAAUGGAUACUGCGGAACAAGUUGCAUAUAUUUACAGUUGGCAGGUUCAUUGAAAUUAGCAAUUAUCUUGCUGUUUGAAAAUUCUUCAGUUUUACUGGAAACUAAAUUUACUAUGAAACAUAAGUCACAAUAAAGUAAUGAAUCACAACAUUGGGAGGUAAAAUAUAGCUGUCUUUGUAUAGUUAUAUUUUUAAAAAUAGCAAUAUUGGAAGAAGAGAGGCAGGCCCAGAACCACAAGGGGACUUAAAUGUUGCUCUGAGCUCACCUACCAGAUUGGUCGAGAUAGGCUUCCCUCCACCUAUCUUCACCUGGUUUGAGGAUCCUCUGGGGCUUAGGCAUGAGAUAUUCACUCAGAUGGCUAGAGUGUAAGGCAGAAACGUAGGCAUCAAGGGGAAAAAAUUUAGGCACUGAGGGAUUUUAGGCACCUACUGGGUUAGGCAGCAGCCAAGCAGGGGUUUUGAGGUUCUCUGGUGCCUAAAUUUUGGACUUAGGUGCCUAAAGUGGAGUUAGGUGCCUAAGUCCUUUUGUGGAUAUGGGCCACAGUAAAUAUACUUGUACAGUAUAAUUUGAAAUUGAUUUAUGCCUUUUGGGCACAAAUCAUGGUCCCUGUCUCUGCUGCUGCAGAAGCUCCUCCAGCAAUGG